AUGUCAUACGGUAAGGCAGCGGCAGAAAGGUUACAGAAUAAAGUCGUCCUCAUUACUGGUGCUUCAUCGGGAAUCGGUUUUGCAAUUGCUGAGGAAUUGGCUGCUGUGAAUUCCAAUAUCAAAUUAAUUCUCACGGCAAGAAGCUUAGAUAAACUUGAGAAAUUGAAACAAAGUUUAGAGAAGAAGUACGAAGGAAUUGAGGUGUUGGCUAAAAAAUUGGACGUUUCAGAUGUAAACUCGAUUGUGCCAUUCGUUAACCAAUUACCUAAGGAGUAUGCAGAUAUAGAUAUUUUGGUCAAUAACGCCGGUCUUGCGUUGGGGAGGGAUGAAGUCGGUGAGAUAAAUCCUACUGAUAUAGAAACUAUGUUCCAAACAAACGUCCUUGGUCUUAUCACAAUGACUCAAGCAGUUUUGCCAAGGAUGAAAGAACGCAAUACUGGGUUUAUUCUUGGGCUUGGUUCAAUUGCUUCUCGUGAUGGAUACCCUGGAGGAUCAAUUUACUGUGCAACAAAGGCUAGUGUUAGGUCAUUUUUUCAAAGUCUUUCAAAGGAAUUGAUAUCUACUAAAGUCCGCUGCAGUCUCUUGGAGCCGGGAAUGGUUAGGACAAACUUCAGUAUGACAAGAUUUAGAAAUGACCAACAAAAGGAGGCAGAUACAUACAAGGGCGGGGAGCCAUUAAAUGCAGUCGAUAUUGCUGAGAUUGCAGCGUUUAUCUUAACCAGAAGAGAAAACACUGUUAUUGCGGAAACUCUCGUGUUCCCCACCAACCAAGCUAGUUCAGCUCACAUCUAUAGAAGCGAGUAA